GUUCCUGUUGUUGUCAUCUUGCGUACACUGUUGCGGCCAACUUUUAUUUACGUUCCGUUUCGGUUUUUUGCUCCCUUGCUGCAGCAGAGCCUAGCGAUUUUGUAACUGCAAACACCGCUUCCAAUCGAAAGGCAAGCAGCAGCAACGCCUGCUUUUGGACGACUAAAAACCGGACGGACCGAACCAAGCGCACCGUGUGUACGUAAACAAACUGCCUUAUCAUUCUCGCAUUUGCUCAGCGUGCCGACGAUGAAACCGACCGGUGACGUGUUGGCCGCCCUGCGGAAGCUGAUGAAGAAUCUGCCCAACAAUCUCGGUUCGAUCAACGCGUACAUCAUCCCGUCGAACGAUGCGCACCAGAGCGAGUAUCUGGCGGCACGGGACGAGCGCCGCGCGUUCGUGUCCGGGUUCGACGGGAGCGCCGGUACGGCGGUCGUGACCGACCGGGAAGCACUGCUCUGGACGGACGGUCGCUACUAUCAGCAGGCGACCAAGCAGCUCGACACCAACUGGACGCUGAUGCGGGACGGCCAACCGACCACACCGUCGAUCGAUGCGUGGCUAGCGAAAGCGCUGCAACCUGGUUCCCGGGUCGGGGUUGACGCGAAUCUGAUCACCGCUGCCGCCUGGACACCGUUGCAGACCUCGCUCAAAACGGCCGGCUGUACGCUGCUGCCAGUAAGCCCGAAUCUGGUCGAUUUGCUAUGGACGGAUCAACCGGCCGUACCGCACAAUCCGCUGCUACCGCUUGCGACCACCUUUACCGGUGCGACGGUUGCGGAAAAGUUGGCAAUCGUGCGGGAGAAGCUAACGGACAAGCGAGCGUCGGUGUUGGUGGUGAGCGCGCUGGACGAGAUUGCCUGGCUGCUGAACCUGCGCGGUACCGACAUCGAUUACAAUCCGGUGUUCUUUUCGUACGUGAUUGUCACGCCGGACGCACUGUACCUGUUUAUCGAUGCGGGCCAGAUGCAGCCCGCGGUGGAGGAACACUUCCGCGCGAACGGGGUGACGGUGGAGGUGCGCGGGUACGAGGAGAUACAUACGGUGUUGCGCGAGCUGGCCGCAAGUACGCCACCGCCGGCCGGUGGUGGUCCGCUGGUUUGGAUCAGUUCCGGGUCGAGUUACGCGCUGGUGGCACUGGUGCCGGAAGAACGCCGUCUGCACGAUAUUACACCAAUCAAUCUGAUGAAGGCGGUCAAGAACGAGACGGAAGCGAAGGGUAUGCGGGACUGUCACGUGCGGGACGGCGUUGCACUCUGCCAGUAUUUUGCGUGGCUGGAGCGCUGCUUGAAGGACGGUACGGCGGUGGACGAGAUCAGUGGGGCGGCACGGUUGGAGGAGCUGCGUAGCCGUCAGGCACACUACAAGGGUCUCAGCUUUACCACGAUCAGUGCUUCCGGACCGAAUGGUUCGAUCAUACACUAUCAUCCACUGCCGGAAACGAACCGGCCGAUUACGGCCCAGGAGCUUUAUCUGUGCGAUUCCGGUGCACAGUAUCUCGACGGCACCACGGAUGUAACGCGCACGAUGCAUUUCGGUCAACCGACCGCGGAAGAGAUACGCGCCUUUACCCACGUGCUCAAGGGCCAGAUUGCGCUCGGUACCGCCAUCUUUCCGCGCAAGGUGAAGGGUCAAUUCCUGGACACGAUCGCGCGCAAAGCGCUGUGGGACAUUGGGCUCGACUAUGGGCACGGCACCGGGCACGGUAUUGGCCAUUUUCUGAACGUGCACGAAGGCCCGAUGGGCAUCGGUAUCCGGCUGAUGCCGAACGAUCCAGGACUGGAGGAGAACAUGUUCCUGUCGAACGAGCCCGGCUAUUACAAGGACGGCCAGUUCGGGAUCCGGAUCGAGGAUAUCGUGCAGGUCGUGACGGCAAACGUAGGGACCAACUUUGAUGGGCGUGGCGCCCUGACCUUCAGCACGGUUACCAUGUGCCCGAUCCAGACGCGGCUGAUCGACGCUAGCCUGCUGACGGUGCGGGAACGCGAUCAUAUCAAUGCGUACCACCAAACCGUGCUGGACACGCUCGGUCCAUUGCUGCGCGAAGCCAACGACCAGGAAACGCUCGACUGGUUGGCACGUGAAACGAAACCGAUCUAGUAGUAGCACGGGUGUGCAAUCCCGCGGUACGGAUGCGGGAGUAGACUGUUUCGAUUUCAUCGCAUUAAAAUUAUGUUUUCUUAGUAUUGA